AUGAAGUUUAAUGUUAAAAAUUGUGUCGCUUUGCUAUUGGCUGUUCCAUCAAUUACUGCACAGGUGGCAGUGUACUGGGGCCAAAAUUCAUUUGGAGGUGAACAGCUGCUUGCCCUGUACUGCCAGACUCUGGAAGUCGAGGUGGUCCUAGUGAGUUUUUUAAACGGGUAUCCUGACUUGAGUAUCAAUUUUGGCGGGCAAUGUAAUGAGAAGUUUAACUCGGGCUUAUUGCAUUGUUCCAAAAUUGGAGAAGAUAUAAAGUCAUGUCAAGCGCAAGGUAAAAAGAUUUUUAUGUCACUUGGUGGUGCUGUUGGCGAAUAUGGCUUUCAAUCUGAGGUCGAGGGUGAAGCAUUUGCGGAGGUACUUUGGAACAAGUUUGGAGGAGGUCAGGACAAUGAGAGACCUUUUGAUGAUGCUAUCAUUGACGGCUUUGAUUUUGAUGUUGAGAACAAAAACCAAGUGGGGUAUGUCGCCAUGGCCAAAAAAUUGCGUGAAUACUUCAGUGAGAGUUCACGUCAGUAUUACCUUUCUACCGCUCCUCAAUGCGUUUAUCCCGAUCAGAGUGUUGGGGAUUUGAUGCUGCAGGUGCCUUUAGAUUAUGCAUUUGUGCAAUUUUACAACAACCCUUGUGCUGUUGAAAAAAAUUUCAACUGGAAAACUUGGAGCGAUUGGGCUGCUAAUUCUCCCAACCCAAAUGUAAAGCUUUUUUUGGGUUUGCCUGGAGCGCCAUCAAGUGCAGGCUCCGGUUAUAUUGAUUCAACAACCAUUUGUGAAACCAUUGAUAACAUUCGAAGUUCGCCCAAUUUUGGAGGAGUAAUGUUUUGGGACGCCAGUUCGAGUUUUGGAAAUGGCGACAUGGUGUCUGUUGUUAAUAAUCAUAUAAAUGGAAUUGGCCAGUUCAUCCCACCGCCUCAGGAAAGUUCGGCUUCUAUGUUGCUGCCUGGCGAAGCCAGCUCAUCGGUGGCCAGUAUCUUGUUACCUUCCCUGAAUGAGAUCAAUGAGCACGGCGGAAGUUAUGCAUUUGGCACACCAACUAUCAUGCGUGAUGACGAAUCCUCAGCUACAACCAGUACUAUGGGUACGCCGCCAACGCUGGUGACACUUGAUGAAUCUUAUGAUACCAAUUUGACAGAUGCUAACUUAUAUCUUGAGGGUAUUCAGAAAGGGGUACAAAUCAACGCAGAAUCCUAUGACGAAACUCUGACGCAAGUCACCUACGAAACAGUUCUCGAAAUUGUUCCUAUGGGUAACGAUGACUCUGAGAAAACUACGACCAAAGUCUCCCCGAACCCCACUGGAGCACCUAAUCCCGACACCAGUGGAAGUCAAGCCGAAACUACUGCCGGCGUAAGGCCUCAUCAUCACCAUAAAAAGUUGGCAUUCACGACUGUAACAGCCUACACGACAGUAUAUGUAUGA